CCGGCCUCCUUUCAGUACUGCACAGGCAUACAGAGGUGAAAGGUCACGAACAUGGCGCUGGCCGCCCGUCUCCUGCCUCUGCCCGGCCGGGCGACCCGACUCCGGACUCUCGGUGCCACCGAGGUGAGGCUGUCGCCAAGUGAAUUCUGCUGCUUAUGUCGCCGCCGCCUGGGCUCAAGCGCGGCCCCGGCCCCGGCCCCUCGCUGCACUUGGCCCUGGGCAAGCCCGGCGCUGCGUUCCUGGGGGCCCCGGAGGCCCCUGCUCCGCCGGGCAGAACUUCCCCCAGCCCUCGCUUCCUUACCCGCUGCUCCCAGCCGUAGCUACAGCACCGAGGAGCAGCCCCAGCAACGCCAGAAGACUCGAAUGAUCAUUCUGGGGUUCUCCAACCCCAUCAACUGGGUCCGGACUCGAAUUUACGCCUUCCUUAUCUGGGCCUAUUUCGACAAGGAGUUCAGUAUCGCUGAGUUCUCGGAGGGAGCGAAGCAGGCUUUUGCUCAUGUAUCUAAGUUGCUGUCACAGUGUAAAUUUGAUCUAUUGGAAGAACUUGUAGCCAAAGAGGUGCUACAGUCAUUAAAAGAAAAGCUCACUUCACUGUCUGAUAACCAUAAAAAUGCACUUGCUGCGGAGGUAGAUGAUAUUGUCUACACAUCAACAGGGGACAUCUCCAUUUACUAUGAUGAGAAAGGAAGGAAGUUCGUUAACAUCCUGAUGUGCUUUUGGUAUCUGACUAGUGCCGACAUCCCCACUGGGUCUGUAAGUGGGGCCAGUGUGUUCCAGGUGAAGUUGGGGGAUCAGAGCUUGGAAAGCAAACAAUUGCUGAGUGCAAGCUACGAAUUUCAGAGGGAAUUUACACAAGGAGUAAAGCCUGACUGGACUAUUGCACGGAUUGAACACUCAAAGUUACUAGAAUAAUUUUUCUUGGAACAAAUCAGGGUAUGAACUCUUAAAUAAUUGCUGUGAAAAUAAGGAAGAAACGUUUCUGGAUCAUUUGAUUUUCACUUAAUUAAGUCUGUGGAUUACUUUUGUAUUAUUUGGAAAUGUCUCUUGCAGUAUAUUGACAUGAUACAAUAAAGCAUUUUCCACA